AGGAGGUGGAGCUUUGUUUCCAGAGCUGGCUUUCUGCCUCUGAAGAUGACUUUUCGCUUCUAGUCCAGUUCUGGUUUCUCCUGCUGCUCUCUGGAGGCCAGGAAGUUCUCCACCUGGGGAAGGAGUAACAGACUGCUUUAUGACGGACAGACACACAGAUACUCUGGGUUGUAGAAAUGCCAAGCCUCACACGGGAAGCACAUUGCUGCCAUCUAGUGGUCGAGGGAGAAGUUUCUUUCUCAGCGAGACCAGAGGAUUCCUUCCAGGGCUUGAAGGACCAGCUUUAGCCAGUGGAUCUGUAGAAAUCCUGACAAAGAUUCACAAGAGAAAAACUGGCAGGCCAUUCAGAGACGGCAUAAUGUUUAGGGCACAUGUGAGUGUGAGAACCAUGAGGCAGCUCUUUAAAGCAGGCUUCCGUGUGGACUGGGAACUGGCAGGUUUGCAGCGUCACACAGGGGCAGUUCGGUGGAAGAGUAACACCAGACCAGCUCCUGUAUUGACGGCAGCUCCUCUCCGCAGCCUUGUUGACGAGCCGGUCAGCAUUAGAGGACACCUGCUUCCCCCACGCUGUCCCGUCACCCUGUGUGCAAGAAUGCACAGCGAUGAGGGAGACCUAUGGGAGUCAUUCGCUCAUUAUAAUGCAAACGAGAGUGGAGUUUUUUGCUUAACCAGCGAUCCUUCUGUCGGAGGCUCCUAUGUGGGCUGUCAGCCGAUGGGACUCUUCUGGAGCAUGCAGCCUGCUCCUGGAGGAAGAGAAGGUUUGAGACUGAGGAAGAAAAAUGUGGAGGCACCGUUUACGGUGCGGAUCUCCCUGCUGGAGGGCCACGUCUCACCCAGUCGAGGGCAGCUCAAUGAGCUGGCAGCUGUAAGCACCGAGCGGUGGUAUGUCGCUCCAGAGGUGAAGAGAAUAGACAUUCGUCAAAAUGGAAUCGUAGGGACAUUGUUGGUUCCCCCUGGCCCAGGCCCAUUUCCAGCCCUUCUGGAUCUAUGGGGAAUGGGUGGAGGACUACUAGAAUACCGCUCCUCUCUCCUUGCAUCUAAAGGCUACGUUAGCCUUUCUCUCGCAUACUUUGGACACAAGGAUCUACCUGGUCCACCAGAUCGUUUCACCGUCGGGGAUUCAUAUUUUAAGGCCGCCUUCCAACUGCUCCAAGAUCACCCUCAGGUGGUCUCUGACAGAGUCGGGAUUAUCGGCCUCUCCUUCGGUAGUUACUUGGCGCUUCGCAUCGCUACCAUACCAGGAGUAAAGCCAUCUUGUUUGGUUUGUAUCAAUGGACCUGUGGGGAGCACGUGGUCGGUCACAGAUUCAGACGGCAUGACUGAGCACUUCGAUAGUUUCCAGAACUAUUGGAACUUUGAUGACGAGGGCCGGGUCAUUUUCAAAGAAGUCUCCUUGCCUGCUAAUCUUCCUCCUGACAGCAUUGUUCAGUUGGAGAAGCUCGAUUGUCCUGUGAUGUACAUAGUAGGGGAAGAUGACCUGAGUGCCUCCAGCAUUGAGAACGCAGAUCUGAUUGAGGAGAGGCUAAGGUCUGCUGGUAAAUCCCACCUGUUCACCCGCCUGUCCUACCCUGGCGCGGGCCACCUGAUCGAGCCGCCCUAUUCCCCGAGCGUGAGGUCCUCCAUGUGGUCCGUCAAACCCAAGAAACUGAUCACAUUGUGGGGCGGCCACCCUGCGCCCCACGCUGCCGCCCAGGAAGAUGCCUGGAACAAAAUUCUGGAUUAUUUUGAAGAAAAUCUGAGGAGCUGAACGUCUGGAGAGAGGCUGAACCUGGAGAGUUUGAGAAGCCGAUUCUGUAAAUUGAAGCUGGGGUUCAAUUUGCAUAAAAAGAAACAACGAACAUAACUUACAAGUUAGUUUUCUGCUCUGCGGCGAAGUGCCUAUUAUCCACAGGAGGGAGCUGCUUGGUUGGAGUCAGAGCUGUUUGUUAUGUUGGUGGAAACUACUGGGCUCAUAUCAGCGAGGGAGAAAACCUCAUCCUCAGAUAUUAGGUUUUAAAAUUCCUUCUCUGUUCUGCAGAAACUGGGCUGCAGCUGGAUAAUGGUUUCUGAGCAGCAUCAUCUAAACCCUAGGCUUUUUAUUUCCUAACAAACUACUCAGCCCUGAAGUGAGGCUCCAGUUCUCUAUAACAUAUUUACCGAUCAGAUGACGAGCUGCUCGAUAAGUCGACCAAAACCUCCAAAGAUGAAGCCAAACUUCCAGUUUUUCGCAGUUGUUUAUUGAGUAUUUAAUGUAAUCAUGCUGAUUUAUUGUUUAGGGCUUGGAAUGAAGACUUCAUGGCAUGCUGAGGUAACCAUGGCGAUGAGAGCGAUGAACUCUUUGAAGUCGAUCUCCAGGUCCCCGUUCUGGUCCAGGUCGUAGAACAGCUUGUCCAGAAUGGCGUUGUCCUUAAUUUUCUGUUCAGGAAUAAAACGAUUUUAUAAGAAGAAAUAAAUCCGACAAGUUGGAAAGAAAAAAA